UUACAAUUUGGCCGAUGUUUAAGGCUUUUAAUUACGAGAGAACGGCGACAAAAAUUGAAGCCCCAAAGCGACGGAGCUCUCCCGCUUUAUCAGUUCGCCCUUACACGUUGAACCGUUUGUCGUUUUCUCUAUCUUCCCCAAACUCUCUCUCUCUCUCUCUCUCUCUCUCUCUCUCUCUCUCUGUUUUUAUAAUUUUUAUUUUAUUUUAAUUUAAUUUUUUUCAUUUAUAUUUGUACGUGAAAAUUAAAUAGAAAUGAUUAAAAAAGCCUCGUAUUUUAUGUUUUUCAUGUCCUUCUCUGGAUGUGCUGGAGGAGGGGAAGAAGAAGAAGAAGAAGAAGAAGAAGAAGAAACAGAGGAAGGGGUAGAAGAAAUAAAUAUUUUUGUAAAUUACUUUCAGAAAAAAAAGAAAAAGAAAAGCACAUCUUAAAUUGUGAGGGAAAAAAAAACAAACAGAAACAUAUUUUUUUAUUUUUUUUAUUUUUUUGGGAAAUUUAGUAUAGGAAAUUCGAAGAAAGCGUUUUGGGUAUUUGUGGAUUUUUGUUAUUUUUUUGAAGCUUUAAUGGGAAAUUGCCUGGAAGGUCGUUCCAAGGUCGAUAAAUUUCUCAGCUCUCAAACAACAAAUUCUGAAGUAUCCAUGUUGGAGGAAGGACGGUGUUUAUGGGUAUGGAUAUACAUGCAUUGGCAUGCCUGCAAAUGGCUACUACAUAUCUAACAAGCAUAGACGUAUAGCCAAAGGAGUUGCCAACCAAAUUCCAAAUAGAAGUGCCCAUGCAUCGUCUCUUUCAGGCCCAACAGUCCCAUCAAAGGAUGAAAAAUUUACAUCUGGUAGUGCCCUUACUCUUAAGUUAUCUAAAAGGCAUAUUGUCAUUACCAAAUUUGAAAGCCUUUGCAUAUGUUGUAAUCAUAUUGUAGUUGCUACACAAGUUUCACACAGAAAUGCCCAUGCAUCGACUCUUUCAAGCCUAACAAUCCCAUCAAACAAUGAAAGCUUUACAUUUGGUAGUGUCCUGACUCCUAAGUUAUCUGAAGGCGAAAUAUUGUCAUUACCAAAUUUGAAAGCAUUUACAAUGACUGAGUUGAAGAAUAUCACAAGAAAUUUCUGUCCAGACAACCUCAUCGGGGAAGGUGGUUUUGGUUAUGUUUACAAAGGGCGGAUUGAUGAGCAUACCCUUAUUGCUUUAAGGCCUGGAGUGGUUGCUGUUAAGAAGCUUAAACCUGAAGGUUUUCAGGGCCAUAAGGAGUGGUUGUCUGAGUUGAAUUAUCUUGGUCAACUUCAUCAUCCAAAUCUUGUCAAACUUAUAGGUUAUUGCCUGGAGGGGGAAAAUCGCCUUUUAGUUUAUGAGUAUAUGUCCAAAGGCAGCCUGGAGAAACAUUUAUUUAAGAAGGGUGCCAGGCUACUAUCUUGGGCAAUCAGGAUUAGAGUUGCCAUAGAUGCUGCUCGAGGACUAUCCUUUUUGCAUAACUCUGAACAACAGGUUAUCUACCGUGAUUUCAAGGCAUCCAACAUCUUACUAGAUUCAGAAUUCAAUGCUAAACUUUCAGACUUUGGUUAUGCAAAAGAAGGCCCCACUGGUGAUAACACUCAUGUUUCUACUCGAGUCAUGGGUACUAAAGGCUAUGCUGCCCCUGAAUAUAUUGCUACAGGUCGAUUAACCGCAAAGUGUGAUGUUUAUAGCUUUGGAGUUGUGCUGCUGGAACUCCUUUCAGGACGGCGUGCUGUUGACAAAACAAAAGUUGGUGUGGAGCAGAAUCUAGUGGAUUGGGCAAAACCAUACUUGGGUGACCGGCGCAAAGUUUUCCGGAUUAUGGACACCAAAUUGGAGGGACAAUAUCCUCAAAAAGGAGCAUUUAUGGUUGCCAUCCUUGCUUUGCAGUGUAUUAGUGAGGUUAAACUUCGACCGGAUAUGUCUGCGGUUCUACAUGGUCUGGAACUGCACCAAGCUAACAAACAUGGAAGUAGUCCAUCCCAUCCAGAGCAACCAAGAGGCUCUAGUCCAAGUCCAAGACCACAGUCCCCAUUGACUCCCAACACAGCAGCUGUAAAUAUCAGUAGCCCAUUAAAAUCCCCACUUCUAAAAUCCAGCCCAGGAUGAUGAAACAUCAGAGAAUUUUCUAGUUCACUUAAAAUCCCCAGUGUAAAUCCCUUCUUGUUUAGGUCCUUUUCAAUUGGCAUUGAAAGUUGUUUUAGUUCUAUAUAUAUAUAUAUAUAUAUAUAUAUAUAUAUAUAUAUAUAUAUAUAUAUAUAUAUAUAUUUUUUUUUUUUUUAUUAUCGAUUAAAUAGGUUUAGUAUCUUUGAUAAUGUGUAUAUGAUAUAAUAAUAUCAGCCUUUCUUUUCU